CUUUAACUGGCUUGUGGUACCUGCUAAAUUUACUUGUUUUUCUUAACCGUGCAACAUAUACUGGAAUUUGUACGUUGAGCUUGAAGGCUUAUUGAAUUUGGUUGCUGGGGUUGCGGAGAUCAAGUAGAGCACUCCUCUUGAGGUUUUCCUGGGAGCAUCAAUGGCAUUCUUGGUGGUAGUAGUAGCUUGUUGGCUUGCUUUGGGGUUCUGUACCUGCUUUGCUAUGUUGAAAUGGAAUGACAUAACAUAUAGUAGAAGAAAAGGCUUGCCUCCAGGGACUAUGGGUUGGCCAGUUUUUGGUGAAACUACAGAGUUCCUCAAACAUGGACCAAAUUUCAUGAAAAAGCAAAGAGCAAGGCAUGGAAGUUUAUUCAAGACUCACAUAUUGGGGUGUCCAACUGUUGUUUCCAUGGAUCCUGAGCUCAACAGAUACAUCCUUAUGAAUGAAGGAAAAGGGCUUGUGCCUGGCUACCCUCAAUCCAUGCUUGAUAUACUAGGGAAAUGCAACAUUGCAGCCGUGCAUGGUUCUGCUCACAAGCGCAUAAGAGGGUCAUUGCUGUCUCUCAUUGGCCCUCUCGUGAUCAAAGACGAGCUUCUCCCAAAAAUUGACAAGCUUAUGAGAUCUUUCCUUGAGAACUGGAAUGAAGAAAGUACUAUCGACAUCCAAGAAAGAACCAAUGAGAUGGCGUUGUCCCUAUCCUUCAAGCAAAUUCUUGAAAAGGAAUCAACUUCAUUAUAUGAGAUUUUCAAACCAGAGUUUGAUAAGUUAUUAGUAGGAACGCUAUCACUGCCUAUAAACAUUCCAGGGGCAAAUUACCAUCAUGGGAUCCAGGGAAGGAGAAGAAUCAUCAAGAUGUUGAAACAGAUUAUGGAGGAGAGAAGGGCCUUUCCAACAGUCUACGAUGACAUGCUUCACCGCCUUCUAGAUUGCAAAGACUCAAAGUACAAUCUCUGCGACGAGGAGAUAAUUGAUCAAAUAAUUACUAUCAUGUACUCGGGUUAUGAAACUGUCUCGACUACUUCAAUGAUGGCCAUCAAGUAUCUCCAUGAUCAUCCUAAAGCCCUUCAAGAACUAAGAGAAGAGCAUGUCAGUAUCCGAGAAAAGAAAAAGCCAGGGGAGGCAAUCGACUGGAAUGAUUACAAGUCUAUGAGUUUUACUCGUGCUGUAAUUUUUGAAACCUCAAGGUUAGCUACAAUUGUUAAUGGGGUAUUGAGGAAGACAACAGAAGAUAUGGAAGUAAACGGAUUUACCAUUCCCAAAGGGUGGAGAAUAUACGUUUACACAAGGGAAAUUAAUUAUGAUCCAUUCCUUUAUCCAGAGCCUUUAUCCUUCAAUCCAUGGAGAUGGCUGGAUAAGAACUUGGAGUCUCACAAUUACUGCUUCCUAUUUGGAGGAGGCAGCAGGCUAUGUCCUGGAAAGGAAUUGGGCAUUUUCCAAAUUUCUACUUUCCUUCACUAUUUUGUUACCAGUUACAGGUGGGAGGAAGUUGGUACAAAUGAAAUCCGCCAAUUCCCAAGAGUUGAGGCACCCAAGGGACUGCACAUUAGGGUAUCAAAGUACAGAACAGUUUCUAACAAACAUUACCUCUAAAGAAAUGAAGAUAAUAGCAUGUAUAUAUUACUGCCAAGACUGACAACUGUGGGAAGACUCAGCAUCACCUGGGACAAUGCGAUGUGAAGCUGAGCUGGGCUGAAAUUACCUGGGAAGCUGAAAAGGAAAGCAGCUGCUACUUGAACCUGGGCCUGGAAGAAGCCCUCUUCAGCCACAAAGUUAGAUUUUUUUGUGUUGGGAGGAUUAACCCAUUUUUGGUUAGAUACUUUUCAUGUGAAAACAAUAGAAAAGCCAGGGGCAGGUAGUCUGUGACAUGUGCUUUGCAAAAACGUUUAGGGGAGGCUUCA